AUGCCCAAAGCACCCAAGACCACCGCCGGCGCCAAGGCCAAGCGCACCACGGCGACCAAAGAUGCCGCCAAACCAGCCAAGGGCAAGAACGCAAGCAGCAAAGCACCCGAGAAGGCGCAAGCCCCACGCGGCAGAGGCAGGCCCUCCAAGGCCGAGGCCGAGGAUGAGGAUGAGGACGACGGGGAACCCACCAGCAUGGGGUUCAAAGACGUAAAAACAGCACAGUUCACCAUCGACUCGCUCAAGGACCGCAGCCUCACCGCGCAGCGCACCCACAUCAACGCCUACAUGCAGCGCGCCAAGACGCACGCGAACCCGACCAAGGGCAUGAAGGCCGCGGUGGCCGUCUUCGAGAAGUGGCUUAAGGUCGACUACCCGGCGGCGCGGGGCGAGCUACGCGCGUCCGGCUUCAAGCCCAUGGUGCCCAAGGACACGGUCGCGAAGCUCAGCGCGACGUUUGACGCGGAAGGCGUGGGCGGGCUCGCGCGCGAGUUCGCCGACUUCUACCCCGCGCUCAAGUCGCGCGCCCGCCUGAGCGCCCAGCUCGUCGACCCCGACGACAUCGACCAGGGCGACUGGGAGACCGUGCGCUACGAGCAGCUGGCCAAGCUGCUGCCGCCCGGCAAGGAGGACCCCCGGACUUGGGGUGCCGGAGAGUUGUGGGAUGACGAGGGGGCGCCUACGAGGGAGCAUUUGGAGCUGCUGGCUUGGGCGUGGUCGCCGCUGCCGAUGCGGACUGUCAUUCACAAGAUUGACGCCUUUCUGGCGGAGGAGGAGGGUGAAGAAGCGUGA